AUGAAAGUGGUUCCAUUUGCAGGAAUUAAAGUGGAACUAGGAGCAAACUGGAUUUAUUACUUUGACGAGGAAGAAAACCCACUGGUACCAUCGAGGGACAAGCAUAACUUAACGGGACAUUUGUCCAACUACAGCAAUGUUCGUGCGAGGUAACAACAAUUUUGAUGUAAUUGUAGCAUCCUUAGUGGCGUUAUUUUUUAAUUAUUGUUUUUUUAAUCACAGGGACUUGCUGGUCGCAAGUGAUAACGGAUAAUUAGGUUUUUCGAGGCCUUACAAAGUCAAAUAUAAACUACUAACAAGUUUGCCCGGAUGGGUGAUUUUUUAUAAGGUCUCGUUAAAGUUUGGCCUUACGUUUUCGUGUCAAAUAUACCAAGUCCAAUACAACUGUUUCACGCAUCACGUCUUCAAUAUUACAAGCGCGUUUAGAUGGCGUUAGUUAUUCCACAAAGUUACGAAAAUUGCAUUCUGACAACUGGUAUAACUCAAUUUUUUCAUUAGUUUUAUUCGACAAAUACAAUUCAUUUUAAAAGAAGUUUAAAAAUAAGACUCUUAUUCUUGAAGUCAUCAGUUCAUUUUGUGUUUGCUUUCUUAUUUAAAUUGGUCAAUCCCAAUGAGGCUUAGCAGGGAGCAAACACCCACCUAACUGACGUCAUAUAUGACGUACCCGUGCAAUAGUUCUAUUUGCAAAAGUCAUUAGGGAAAAAAGUUACAGUGAAUUUUGGUUUCAGUAACACUUGAAUAAACAACUCUGUUUGAGUCUGGUAAUAAGGGCCUAUUCCAACGGAAAAACUAUGUGAAACUGAAAAAUUCACAUAACUAGUCCGACAAAAAUCGUCUUCUCGCGCCUGUUGCACUCUGUGUCAAUAAAGGUUGGUUAAACAACCCAGCAGUACAAAUACAUAGUGUAUUGUGACAACGAUUUAUCGUCGUCAUCAUCAUCAUCUUCAUGGUUGUUGAAGUUGAUAAUCCAAUAAAAGCUAAUGAGCAGUAAUAUUUUUGUACAGAGAACCAAAAAGUAAACGUGAUAAACAAAACGAAAAAUUGGGGAACAAAAGAAAGCUUGAGAAAGUUAGGAACAAGGAACUUUGGGACGAGGGAGUAUGGUCCAUCAGUGUUCUCAGUUAAGGACGUUUUCAGUGCUUUAUUAUUCUCCCUCUCAGAAACGAUUCCGGAGUUGAUGUGACAGACAUAAAACUGUAUAAAGAGUGGCACAAGGCCAAGGAGGACAUGUUCAAGAUGGGGUAA